AUGGUGGCGCAGCUUACUGAGAUCGCUGGGUUGCUGAAGAACUUCCGGCCGGAGCCGGGGCAGGAUGGGAGUCGUGGGCCCGGGGAGUCGGGAGACCUCGGUCUGGUGCCGGUGCAGUCGCCGUGGGGCGGGGGCGCGGGCGGGGGGGCGAGUGCGCCCGCGAGUUAUGUGUUUCCGGACGAGUACCAGCGGGUGGCACUACCGAGGUUGCCGAACGAGGACUUCAAAUUGUGGAUAACGGCGAUCAUCACCUGGAUGUACUCCUUCACCAAGAUGUAUUAUCCGCCGGAUGCGUUCGACGGCCACACCUUGCCGCCGGUGCCCGAGUAUCCCAACAUCUUCAACUUCUGUGAACUGAGGGUGAAUCUAUCCCGGCUUGUCCUGAGUGACGGAGGAUCUCUCCCCGGAACAGGAGAGUCGCGGGGCGGGAGAGGCAAGCGUUUGAGCACGUCAAGCGCCGAGACUCGUCAAGUACCGGAAGUGGCGGUGGUGGGGGCGGGAGUCGUGGUGGAGGGGGGUGCUCGUCGGCUGGUGGUCAGGGGGAUGGCGUCUCCCGUGGACGAGGACAGGCUGACGGUGGCGACGGUCUCGGCUCGUCGUCGACCGUGGUGGUGCGGGGUAGCAGCAACUAGGGGUGCGGGCUCCGCCAGCUGGCGGGGCCAACUCCUGUGUCGGCUCCAGCUGAGAGGCCGCAACAGCAGCCAGGUCAUAGGGAGAGGGCGUCCCGGGCCUUGGCUGUCGUGGGGAUCCGAGGCAAGCGCUGCGAGGGCUUGCCCGGAGUGGCUUCCGACUUGGAAUCAGAUCGUGGAGUUAGGCCCGAAGGAGCGCGAGUUGUGCUCCACCGUGCUGGCUUCGAGCUCGUCCGGCACGCACUUGCGCCAUCGUCUGAACGAACUUACCUGGGAUUUUUUGGAGCGUGGGUGAAGUUUCGAGAGGACGUCAUGGGGAGACCGGCGUUUAUGGUGCCGUCGUCUCCAUCGCCGGACAAUGUUUCGCAAUUGUUAGAGUACGUUGCGUACGCGUUCACGGUGUUGGGCGUGAGGCAGACUACGAUAGCUGGUCAUUUGUCUGCUGUUGAUUUUUUUCACCGCUUUUCAUGCGAUGGAAGUGGAUACAUGCCAUUCAUUGAUCAAGCAGGCGCUCAAAGGGGUGGCACGAGGGCAUGCUGGUGUAGGUGUGCAGCAACGGGUGCGACGUCCAGUUUCGUGGUCGAUGCUGAAGGAAGGAGGGCGUCUGGUGCCACAGUGGGGCACGGGUGGGCGCGUGUUGUUUCUGGCGCUGAGUGCUUCAUUUUUUUUCUUGAUGUCGGCAUGUGAAAUGUUCGCUGGGUACUCGUUGGUCAUGGGUUCUUGUCAUGGGUUGCGUCGGGGGGACGUGGCGUUUUUCUUGGAUUCUCACCAGCUGCCUCAUGAACGUAGGGUAGAGGCCGACAGAGUCGAGGUGCGGUUUCGGUCGUCGAAAGGCGACCAGUUUCGGAAGGGUGCCGUGUGUACGCGGGCGAGGCCGGGGCCUCCCCAGUCUGUGGAGUGUGGGAGGGGUGCAGUCGAUGGGCANAUGAUUGAACUCCUUUCAUGCUUCCCUGUUCUCCCUUCGUCUGCUCCGUUAGUCGCGUUCGGAACCGGGGAGGGGCGAUGGUCCGUGUGGACUCGUCGUCACGCGACGGAAGCGCUGCGGCAAGUCGUGUCGUUGGCGGGUCUGCCGUCGUCCGAGUACGCGUUGCACUCCCUUCGGAUUGGGGGCGCCACGUACUUGGCAGCGGGGGGAGCGUCGCCAGAAGUUCUGAGACGAGAGGGGAGAUGGACUGGGGAAACGGAGUAUCGGCCGUACGUAAGGAACCAUGAGAAAGAUGCACAGUGGUUUCUAGUACCUUGGCAUCGAAGGGUGAUACAGUGAGGCAACCGGGACAGGGUACAGAGUGGGGUGACGUAGUCCCAGAGGAUGGUGAGGGCAAGCCGUAAAAGGAGGGCGUGGAGUGUGUGUGAUGAGGGUAUAUUGGUCGGUAUAAUAGUGGGAACCACGGUAGGGGGGGAGAGAGAGUACAGAGGAUCAGUACGGUAAACCAGUCCGCGGUUAGGUUGGGGGCAGGCAUGACUUUGAGAGUAUGCCCGAUGGUGCGGUGACUGGAUUAUACUGAUGGUGUUGUGGACGGGGAUAGGUUGAGAUCCCCGAGUUCCACUCUUCUCUCCCCCCCCUGUUCAAGCGUGGUGGGGUACGACCAAUUAAUGCAAUUUCGAAAGCAACGAACAAAGCAGAAGAUUGCAGAGGCAGAGGCGUUGAAGUGUGAAUUUUGUGAGGAGCGGAAGAUGAAAUAUCUGUUGGCCAGUCAGAGGGCAGCAGCAUGGAGUCAGCGUGAAGUGUCUGAAAGCUGACUAAGAAGAGUAGGCUUGGGGGCACUUGUUGGUCUGCCCCAAGGAAGUACGUGGGACGCUGCUGCAGCCAAGCGGUAUUUCGGAGGUGAUCUAUUUCUUUCCCUCCCACACACCCUUUUGCUUUUGG